CCCAGACGCAGUAACGACGUGGCCACCAAACCGAAGGCCCCAAAAGAUGAUCCCACCAAGAAGCCAAAGCAAGCAAAGGAAGACAGCGCCAAUAAGAAUAAAUCCUCGAAAGAUAUCGCCGCGGCGAAUUCAAAACCCGAUAAGAAAACGAGCGCUUCUAAAGAAAAACUGGCGGACGAGAAAUCUCGCAGGCCGAAAGACACGCUCGCUGUUGAAAGCGCAGCAAAGUCUCAAACUCCGAAAAACAAGCGACGGGCGAAGAGUGCAACCAGGCCCAAGACGCUUGAAGCGAGCUCAAAAGUUUCACAGCCUUCUGGCACAGCCGCGGGGAACCCAAGCCACGAGCGUCGCGCGUCCAUCCCUGUUAUUCGACUAUCGCGCGAGGAUAGCAAGAAACAAUCCGAGGUGUCUGAGGAUAUCUUGGACUCGCCGAAAUUCAAACGGCGGCUGUCAGUUCUUUCACAAGCCAAGCUCGCCUUCGAGAAGGUAGCGAUGGCUGUUACGGAUGCUGAAACCGUGACGGUCAGAGAAGGAGGGUCUUCGUCGGGGGGAAAGGCCGGCAAGGACAGGAAGGUGAGAUCUCAGUCGGCUCCGCGGGAAAUCAACAGCGAGCGUGCCGCAAAGUCAUCGGAAUCCGCGGGGAAGAAAAAGUCCCAUGCAAAAACUUUGAACCGGGAUAGCGAUGCCAGCAAAACUUACAGUGCAGAGGAGGAGACAUCUAUGCAGCAGUCUAAGCAACAGCACAGGAAAACUGACCUGAAACGGAAAGAUGGUCAAAUAGAAGGAGAGCUUUCUAUUGAAGGCGUGUCAACGUCCAGCGCCCCGCCAAAAACGUCAGUCAUUUCAGCGCCGAAACCAUCAUCCAACCCACUGAAGCUGCUUCAUUCUAUAACCCGACCUUCCAGUCUCGCCUCGUCUUCUCCUCGACAAUCGACUCCCUCGCGCCCUCGUAAGAAAUUUUCCAGGGGUCACAUAGAUCAGGAUCCGCUGGAAGUCGAUUACGAGAUCCUUGAUGACAGGGUCACUAGCAUCGAACCGAGACGCUCCAUACCUAGCCUGGAUGCUAGGCGAUCGAUACCUUUCUCGGAAAGCUACGAAACCUCAGCUGAAGAGCCCUUAUUAUCCAAACAUCGAGAAUCAUUGGCGAAGCAGACUUUGCAUAGGGAACCCGAGUACAUUCAGCCUGCGCCCAGACCCCAGACGAUGCCUUAUCUUCAAACGUUUCCAAGGACAAAGCAGCGAGAAGCAGACACGGCAUUACCCUCACACAUAUACACCUCUGCCACUGUAGACCAGGGCAGACCCAGAAAAGUCAACUCCUCUGAUCGCUUGCGCCACUACUCCUCCAAUCAACUUGGCACCCCCGAUUCUGUCUUCUCCCCUCUCUUUACUGUUCCCAGCUCAUCCUCCUUCACCUCGUCUGAUGCAAGAUCGGACGUAUGCCUUGAUCUCCCAGACGCAGCGGACCCACUGGUCAGCGAUCUUCGGCUCCGCGAAGCCGAGCGUGACCUCAAAGUUCAACUCGGCUUCCCCAACGCCCCCUACCGCCGUAUCGUCCACCCAACCGACUCCAGCCUUUUCCUGGCCGUGCUUUCUGCCAUCCUGCUAUUCAUGCUCUCUUUCCUCCUGGUGUGGCCCAUGCUGGUCAUCAUCCUCGUGGUCGUCCCACUCGUCGUUUUUACGAAAAGGCUGUGCAGCUGGCUGUGCUGCUGCGGGGCGUCCCUGUGGGGGCGGUGCUGCCUGUGCAUCUGCCACACCCACCUGACCAGCUCUGAGCUCAUGUGGCUGGGCCGUGGUCAGGGUGCCGGGCAUUCGGUGGCGCAGAGUCUGAUGGUCCUUCAGAAAGGUCUGGACACUGACCGGAUUAGAAACUUGAUCGACUCCAGACUCCUCUCCGUGGAGAACCGCCAUGGUCAGAAGGUCUAUCCAAGAUUCACACAGAAGGUAAGUUGAUCAACGUAGAACAUGGUUGUUUAUUUCACACGUCAUUUUAAAUGAGAUGACAUCUUAUUUUUAAAAUGAGAUGAUAUCCUUUUUUUUUUAAAAAUGAUAUGACAUCUUAUUUUUAAAAUGAGAUGAAAUCUUAUUUUUAAAAUGAGAUGACAUCUUAUUUUUGAAAUGAGAUGACAUCUUAUUUUUUGUUGUGGUUCCUCUCUCUAUCGAGUAACACUAUAGUUUUGAACAUGUGUCAAGCACCCUUAACCCAAUAAUGAAUGCUCAAAUAUAGUUCAUUGCAACGCUGGGGCGAUGUGCCACUGUUCUCCAUCACUUAAAUAAUGGAUUCAAAGACAUCAAACCUCACAACAUAAAUAACAAGGAUGUCCGUCACAUAGAUUUUGGUACAAAUUUUAUUAUCAAUUUUCGGACUGUUAUUGUUAAAAACACGAACGUUUGCAUAGAAUCAAAUAACAACUAAAACUAGCAGUCUGGCAGAAUACUGUAGCACUAAAAAAAGAAAUAAUCAGGCUUUUAUUUAACUUGGAAUUAGGCCUACAUACACAUUGAUUUGCGUCACAUUUUCUACACUUUCUAAAUGGCCGAAAUAUGAUACACCACUUCCACGUGCAUAGAUAUCCGAAAGUUGCUACGCGUCUUCCACGUGCUAUAGAUAUCCGAAAUAUGCUACACCACUUCCACGUGCUAUGCAUAGCCGAAAUAUGCUACACAUCUUCCACACAUUCUAGGUAGCCAAAGUUUGCUACAAAUCUUUCGUGUAAACCAAAAUUCUUAAACCUUAAAAAAAGGUUAUCUAGUUUGAUCUUUGGUUAUAUUGAUUAUAUUUACUUCCACGUGACCUAUAUUAAUCAUGUUUCAGGUCGUGCCGUUCUGCUGUGGCCAAGCCUGGGUCACUGACAAGCAGUUCAUGGUGGCUAAACACGUGUACAACAUGCCCGGAUAUAUCGAGACCUUGGAGGACCUACAGCAGUUCAUUUCCAAGAUGGCGACACAGCCCUUGUCUACCGAUCACCCGCUUUGGGAAAUCCAGGUCAGUAUUAAAUGGCCACGCUGCGAAAUUGAUGAGAUAAGAACAAACAAAAUGAAAAUAAAUACCCACACCAAAUAUCGUAUCGGCUGUUUUAAGGAAACAGCAAAUUAGCACGACACUUGACCAGAUACUCAAAGUCUGACCAACUUGAAGCUGCUGCUCUACGCGUUAAGUCUAAUGAUGGUUAAGUUCUGUCCGAGGUUUGGCUUUGAAAUUUCACCCGAAAGGACAUUUGACGUGCGGUAGCCCACAAGGUAAAGUUAAACAUAGAAAUAAGCAGAAUGCAUCAAUGUUCAAGUACAACAAUGUUCAACUAUCAUAAUGUUCAAGUACAACAAUGUUCAACUAUCAUAAUGUUCAAGUACAACAAUGUUCAACUAUCAUAAUGUUCAAGUACAACAAUGUUCAACUAUCAUAAUGUUCAAGUACAAUAAUGUUCAAGUACAACAAUGUUCAACUAUCAUAAUGUUCAAGUACAACAAUGUUCAAGUACUUACAUUAAAAAUGGCAAGUCAUUAAAAGGCGGGGACGAUGCCAACUGGUGACUAUUUACACAUUUAUGUUAGCUUCAAGGAAUGUCGAUUAAUAUGUCCAAAUAAAAGAUUGAAUUUGAAGAUGAAUGUGAUGGGAUGUUGUUUGAAUAAAUCUCCAAACUUUAAAAAAAACUGAGAUGAGUCAUGUAAACUUUCUUUAUAUUUCAAUGAUUUGAGGAUAUCAAAGUUUCAUUAAUCACUAGAUCCACUCGCUUAGAUCAGUUUGCACCCGAACUUAUUGAACUACUAUGAGAGGCGUAUGAGCAAUUGGAAAUUACAAAUAUGCCAUCUGAAAGGCUGUUAGCAAAGUUUAUAGGCCUAUUCAGUCGGCCCCUACACUAUAAAUAAUAUGAGUAUGGACCUGAAAAAUGAGUGUGAGGAGUAUUGUAGCCCUUCGAUGAUCGUAUGAAACCAUGUUUUAAAACGAUGAUCGUAUGAAACCAUGUUUUAAAACAUGACUGGCAUUUGAAUAUAACACAGCUCGCACGUAUCUCUCUCAUAUACAGGUACAUCUCACCUAGGGUUGCCAGACGUCCGGCAAAAGGAGGACAUGUCCUCCAUCCGGCAGGCAAAGCUGAAAUCUUGUAAAAUGUCCGUCUUUUCUUACAUUUUGUAUUAUAAUUUGUAUGUAUCGUUGUUACAACUAUUACAAUUACAUCGUAUGUCUACGUUGUUACAAUGUGCAAAGUCUAUGCAUUUCUGCGAACGAGUCGAUUUUAGCAAUUCUAACAAUCUAGCUCUGUGCUGUAUUAUCUAUGGUCAAAAUGUUAAUGUUAUUUCCGGUUCCGACAACAAAGACGCACAUUUAAAUUGUUUGUUUUUAUUUGUAAUUUUUGCCGUCUAAGUUUAUGAAAAUGGUUUCUACAAAGAGAAAAUGCAAAUUCUCGAACACAAUGAAAAAUAAGUUUCCUUGCUUCGUUGAAGGACGCAAUGAGAAUGAGGCAAAGUGUACGAUUUGCGCUAGUUACUUGUCCGUUGCCAACAAAGGAGCUACUGACUUGGAGCGCCAUGUGGACAGUGAGAGACAUAGAAACCUAAUCAUGGUGUCCGCGUCAUCGAACACAUUGACGUCUUUUUUCAUCCUGAAUAUUCAAAGAUUUUGCUGAAUGCACAUGCGGCUGAAGCAACGCUGGCAUUUCAUACAGUUUUUCAUCAUCAAUCUUACAACUCGAUGACCUGCACAGCUGGUUUGAUGCACACAUUAUUGGAAGAUUCGGAGAUCGCUAAAAAUAUUGCUGCGAAAAUUUGUCUCCUCCGAGAAAUAUAUCAUGUAAUUAAUACAGGUUAUAAGGCAAUGAUUGUACAAUUGGCUAUUUAAAGGAUAGUUUUUUUUGACAUUUAAAAAAGGCGUCCAUUGAAUUUUUUUUUUAACGUGACUGUUUCUUGGUCGAUUCACUAAGAGUAAGAUACACUAAAUUGGCAGUUAUUACAAUAAAAUUGUGUUGACUGUGAGUUUAAUCCGGGACGACUCAAAUGAAACAUUCAAAAUGUCCUCUGUUGUCCUUUUUUGUGUUUUAUUAUGUCCUCCUUUUGGUGUCCACCUAUCUGGAAAUCCUGAUAUCACCUCAACUAUUUCUCUCAUAUAAUCUACAGGUACAUCUCACCACAACUAUUUCUCUCAUAUAAUCUAACAGGUACAUCUCACCUGAACUAUUUCUUUCAUUUAAUCUACAGAUUUAUCCCACAACUAUUUCUUUCAAAUCUACAGGUACAUCUCACCACAACUAUUUCUUUCAAAUCUACACGUACAUCUCACCUCAACUAUUUCUCUCAUAUAAUCUACAGGUACAUCUCACCUCAACUAUUUCUCUCAUAUAAUCUACAGGUACAUCUCACCUCAACUAUUUCUCUCAUAUCUACAGGUAAAUCUCACCUCAAGUGUCUAUCUCAUAUCUGCAGGUACUACAUCUCACCUCAACUAUUUCUCUUAUAUCUACAGGUACAUCUCACCUCAAGUGUCUCUCUCACAUCUGCUUGUACAUCUCAUCUAAACAAUUUAUCUCAUAUCCACAGGUACAUCACACCUCAACAAUGUAUAUAAUAUGUACAAGUAAAGCUCACCUCAAUUAUAUCUCUCAUAUCUGCAGGUACAUAUCAACUCACAUUUUUCCUCACCUUCACAGAUACAGAUAAGUUUACCUAUUCUUCUUAUCUUUACCAGUACAUCUAUUUAACCUAUUUAUACCCCAUCUUCACAGGUGCAGCUAAGCUCACCCAUUUCUCUCACACCUACAGGUACAUCUAAGUUCACACAUUUCUCUCACAUCUACAGGUACAUGUAAGCUCACCCAUUCUAUCACAUCUACAGGUACAUCUAAGCUCACCCAUUUCUCUCACAUCUACAGGUACAUCUAAGCUCACAUAUUUCUCUCAAAUCUACAGGUGCGUCUUAGCUCACCUAUUUCUCUCACAUCUACAGGUACAUCUAAGCUCACGCAUUUCUCUCACAUCUACAGGUACAUCUAAGCUCACCCAUUUCUCUCACAUCUACAGGUACAUCUAAGCUCACCCAUUUCUCUCACAUCUACAGGUACAUCUAAGCUCACUUAUUUCUCUCAAAUCUACAGGUACAUCUAAGCUCACCUAUUUCUCUCACAUCUACAGGUACAUCUAAGCUCACCCAUUUCUCUCAAAUCUACAGGUACAUCUAAGCUCACAUAUUUCUCUCACAUCUACAGGUACAUCUAAGCUCACCCAUUUCUUUCACAUCUACAGGUACAUCUAAGCUCACAUAUUUCUCUUACAUCUACAGGUACAUCUAAGGUCACCUAUUUCUCUCAUAUCUACAGGCACAUCUAAGCUCACCCAUUUCUUUCACAUCCACAGGUACAUCUAAGCUCACCCAUUUCUCUCACAUCCCCAGUUACAUCUAAGCUCACAUAUUUCUCUCAUAUCCACAGUUACAUUUAAGCUCACCCAUUUCUCUCAUAUCAAAAGGUACAUCUAAGCUCACCUAUUUCUAUCACAUCCACAGGUACAUCUAAGCUCACCCAUUUCUCUCACAUCUACAGGUAUAUCUAAGCUCGCCCAUUUCUCUCACAUCCACAGGUACAUCUAAGCUCUCUAAGCUCACAUAUUUCUCUUACAUCUACAGGUACAUCUAAGGUCACCUAUUUCUCUCACAUCUACAGGUACAUCUAAGCUCACCCAUUUCUCUCACAUCUACAGGUACAUCUAAGCUCACGCAUUUCUCUCACAUCCACAGUUACAUCUAAGCUCACAUAUUUCUGUCAUAUCCACAGUUACAUCUAAGCUCACCCAUUUCUCUCAAAUCAAAAGGUACAUCUAAGCUCACCUAUUUCUCUCACAUCCACAGGUACAUCUAAGCUCACCUACUUUUCUCACAUCUACAGGUACAUCUAAGCUCACCCAUUUCUCUCACAUCUACAGGUACAUCUAAGCUCACCCAUUUCUCUCACAUCCACAGGUACAUCUAAGCUCACCUAUUUCUCUCACAUCCACAGGUACAUCUAAGCUCACUCAUUUCUCUCACAUCCACAGGUACAUCUAAGCUCACCCAUUUCUCUCACAUCUACAGGUACAUCUAAGCUCACCUAUUUCUCUCACAUCCACAGGUACUUCACAACUUCCGUGAGCCGCGCGACACCGUCCUGCUGUUCCGUAUGCACCUGUGUAUGACUGACGGCAUCUCUAUUGUUCAUAUACUGGAAAAUGCAUUAGUAGAUACACAAAAGGUAAAAGUAAUUUUAGGGAAUUUGACCAUUUUUUGUUGUAAUUCCUUCUUGAAGUUUUUCUUUUUUGUUAAAAAAAACCUCAUUAGUUAUAUUUUGCCCUCAGAACUAUGAAAUACUACAUUUACGUAAUAUUAUUCGUAAAUAAUUUAUGUAAAAAAUAUUUUUGAUUGAAUGAUUCAUAUUUUUGCAUUUCCUGCUUUUAAUACAAAGAGCUAACAAAAGAUUCGCAACAAACCCGAAAUAGCCUUUUGUGUUAUUAAAUUUUUAGAAAAAAAAAUAUUGUUGUUGUUAAAUCCUUUGUAUCCUAUCGUCUGUUUCCCCUAAAGACGUCUGGUCGUAAGUCAACGUUCAGCUCAGAUGCGGCCAAUACGUCACCGUUCAAGGUGCUGUUCUCUGGUCCAGUCACCUUCCUGUCACGUUACUUGUUUGGCGGUCAGGACUUCAACCUGCUUCAUGGUCACCACGUCCACCCAUCUGGGGAGAUGGUCGUCGCUUGGUCUGAGCCAUUCAGGUAAGCCAAUGUCAACAAAGAAAACUGGGGGGGGGGGGGGGGGGGGGUUUUUUUUUAUUAUGCAUGGCGGUGAUUAAAGAUUUCCUUUGAGGGGUGGGGAAGGUGGUAUUUCAAAAUUUCAUAACUUCUAUGUGGAGAUUUGUCAAAAUACAUUCCACUCAAUGGCUUUAAAGGAUUUUGUUUUAAUGUGAGGGAAAGUUCAGAAAUCGGGGACUUUUUCUUAUUCAAAAUUUAGAUUAUGAGGGAGAAUGGAGAGAGGGUUGGGAGGGGGGGGGGAAUAUCUCUUAUAUCUAUUUUGCUUCUGGUUCAUCCUGCUUUCUUUUCACAACCACCUUCCCUACUACACAUGUUUUAUACUAAUCCUAGUGAGUGAAAAAAAGGAUGUCACGCAGAAAGCUUUCAUGCUUGACGUUUUGAACUGCGGUAAAGAUGUAUUCUUUUUUAAUUUAAGGGAAGGCAACUAUUAUAUUAAUCAAUAAAGAGCCAUGGGUAUGGUAUAGGACUGUCUGUAGGACUGUCUGUGGGACUGUCUGUAGGACUGUCUGUGGGACUGUCUGUAUGACUUCUGUGGGACUGUCUGUAGGACUGUCUGUGGGACUGUCUGUGGGACUGUCUGUGGGACUGUCUGUAUGACUGUCUGUGGGACUGUCUGUAUGACUUCUGUGGGACUGUCUGUGGGACUGUCUGUAUGACUGUCUGUGGGACUGUCUGUAUGACUUCUGUGGGGCUGUCUGUAGGACUGUCUGUGGGACUGUCUGUGGGACUUUCUGUGGGACUGUCUGGAUGACUGUCUGUGGGACUGUCUGUAUGACUUCUGUGGGACUGUCUGUGGGACUGUCUGUGGGACUGUCUGUAUGACUUCUGUGGGACUGUCUGUGGGACUGUCUGUAGGACUGUCUGUGGGACUGUCUGUGGGACUGUCUGUGGGACUGUCUGUAUGACUGUCUGUGGGACUGUCUGUAGGACUGUCUGUGGGACUGUCUAUAGGACACUGUGUAAAAAAAUGUACCUGGUAAAGCACUAGUAACACAAUAACUUACCUAAUGCGUUGUUUUUUAACAGCCUCAGUGCCGCCAUGCGAGUCAAGCAGGUGGCAAGAUGCUCUUUAAGUGAACUCCUGCUGUCCAUCACUGCGGGCAACAUUCGAACCUACCUCCAGGUCAGUGGGAUCACGCAUCCCUUCAACAUCAGGUGCGCUCUACCUGUCGACUUCCAAUCCAUGGAUGGCGGGGCGAUGGAUAUGGAGAACAAGUUAGUAAUAAAUUGAAUAAUUAUUUUUGCUAGGAUUGUUUUGUUGUCAACACUGUUUUAUUUAAAAUCUAAUUCUUCUUCUUUAUCUUCUUUAUUUUAAGGGCCCACGAUCAAUGAAUUGAUCAUUCUGGCUCCUAUGUUUCAGAGAGGUUUGCGAUGUUACUGUCCAUGGGUUUCAAUGGGAUACUUCACUGGUUGCAAGGGCGACUCAGCAGUGGUGUUAUGAACUGGGGGUUGGAAUACAGGAGGCAAUAGACACAAAUGUAUCGAGUGUAGCCGCCUCAACUGUUGCUUUUGGAAGCUUGUUCCAGUCCCCUAUUGUCUUCGGCAGGAAUGAGGAGCUUCUGUACUUCGUUCUUGUUUUUACCAGCCGGAACUGUUUGUCGUGACUUCGUCGCAGUCUGGGGGGAAGAUUAACGAGUUUCUGUUUGAUUCCGGAGCAGUGCACCAGUCCAUUUGUUAUCUUGUACAACAUGGUGAGCCUGGAUAGUCGUCGUCGUUCUUCCAAUGUCGACCAGCCCAGUGUUUCCAGCAUGCUGCCAACACUCGAGGUGCUUCUGUAGCGGUUCAUGACAAAGCGUGCUGCCCGUCGCUGGACCGCCUCCAACCUGUCUAUGCUUUUCUGGGUAAAUGGGUCCCAGACUGUAGAAGCGUACUCUAAAAUAGGUCGGACAAAGGCUUUAUAGGCUUUUUCUUUCACGCUUGAGUUGCCGAUCUUCAGAUUGCGCCUUAGGAACCCCAGGGUCUUGUUUGCCCGGUUGCACACACUGUUAAUGUGCUCGUCCCAGCGGACCUCUCUUUGGAUGGUAACACCCAAGUACUUAACGGAGGAAACUGGCUCAAGAAUAUGGCCAUGCAGUUCGUAAGAGUGGUUUAGAGGGAACCUGCUUCUGGAGACUGACAGGGUUUGGCACUUGACGGGAUGAAAUUCCAUGUCCCAGCUUAUCUCCCACUCAGCUAACCGAUUGAGGUCUUGUUGAAGCUGGCUCUGGUCAGAGCUGUUGACCAUUGUCCUAUAUACCGCCGUGUCGUCUGCGAACAGUCUUGCUUGAGAGGUCAGCUUCUCGGGCAGAUCGUUGAUAUAUGCUAGGAACAAACAAGGGCCUAGCACUGAGCCCUGGGGGACCCCUGACUUAACACUGACAAAGGAGGAGGUUUUGCCAUCUACCACUACUGUUUAACUACUUACUACACUACUUUUCAAAACCUUUCUUUACUUUGUUUAAUACUUCAGUCGAAAGUUCUUAAAUUAAACCGGGUUCCAGAUGACAUUUUAAAUCCAAUGUUAUGACGAUUUUGAACGUAUCUGGAAAUUUGUUUGAAAGAAAUUUUGUGGACAGAAAUUGGUAGACAGAAAUUUGAUCGAACGGAAAUUUGGUUGAAUCUUUUUUUUCUUCAGUUCACACGUUUAAAAUUUGGCUGCGACUAUUCGCAUAUGGGUGACCGGGUGCGAAUGGCGGCGCUGCGUGUCCGGGUCCGUUUAGACUAAAUGCUAUUCGGAUGUCAUUUGUGGUAGUUAAUUUUGUUAAACUGAAGAAUUAGGUUUACAAACAUAUAGUCCAUUUAAUUAUCUUUCAUUUGAUACCUCAUUUUUUUUCUUACAAACCCAACAAUAAUAUUUUAAAUAGUUUUUUAAUCCCAACCUCUCACAUCUGGUACCAGGGUGCGAAUAGCAACUUCGUUAAAAUUUUGCGUCAAAUUUCUUUUUGAGCGUAUUAUUUUGUUUUACUAUAUAGCAUAGUGCGUUGGACUGAAAAGAAAAAAAAAAGAUUCGACCAAAUUUCCGUAAAACUUCAGACGAUAAAUUUUCCGUCGACAAAAUUUCUUUCAAACAAAUUUCCGGUAACCAAUUUUGACACCUCUUUGUGCAGUCGGGGAAAAUUAGUUAUUACCCUUUGUUUAACCAUCGAUAUACUCGCCUGUAGCCUUCAGAUUAAACUGCUGUGGCGUAUUUAGGGUUUUUGCCUGUUUGGGUGGACCAAUCACGAAAAAGUCACCCAUCAGCAUAUCGAAAUAUAAGUGCCCUGCCACUCCAGUGCUUACCUGCAUACUCACCUCCAACCCACGCUUUACCUCACUCCACACCCUACCCACACUUUAUAUUCUGUCUCCACUCUCUACACAAACUCCACACUUUUCUCCCAUCCCACAUUCUGAUCAAACCCCACACCCUACACAAACCUCCAACUUUACCCCUACACGUUGCCCCACUCCGCCACCUAUAAACACCUGACCCUCGACCCCUAUCCGACACUCUUCAAAACCCACACUUUGCCCCCACACGUUCUCCCCUCCAGUGCUCUACCCAAAUACUUUGCCCCCACCCCACUCUCUUCCCAACCUACCACCUUUCCACCCACCCUCUUCAGCCACCUCACACUUUUCUCCCACACUUUUCCCCCAUCCCACACUAACCAAACACCCACACUUUGCCUGCACUCCACACUCUAUCCCUACUCACAUGUUAAUAUAAUAGUCGCCUCCCCCCCCAAAAAAUUAACUAAUUACCCGAGUUGAGUUGAACCGUCACGAGUUGAGUUGAACCGUCACGAGUUGAGUUGAACCAUCACGAGUUGAGUUGAACCGUCACGAGUUGAGUUGAACCGUCACGCAAGACGCAGGCUACCCGACAGCCCUUUUUUUUACUCAGUACUAUUGAUUCAAAACAUGUGGAGUUGGGGGGAGGGUGAGUUUGAAAAGAGGCAGGACACGCCAGAAGGUAAAUAUACGUUAGAGAAAUAUGUUCAAUGACAUUCUUUGUCUAACACUUGUCAGAUUUUCUAUGGUGAUCGUCCAGCUGCCCACCAAUACAGAGGGGACGAUACCGCGGCUGUGGGAGACCAAGUACAAGAUGGGCAAGUUCAAGUCGUCUGCUGAAGCAGCCAUUGUCAAUGGGACAAGAUGGCUGUCUUAUUGUUUACUUCCGAUUUCCUUCUUCCAGGAGCUGUGGCGCGAGGUCAGUUUCUGUUGUGGGGACCACUAAACUUGGUAAUGCUUUAAAAUGAUUCUGUUGUUUUCGUUUCUGUGUGUACCACUAUUCCUGUGUGUACCCCUAUUCCUAUGUGUACUAUUCAUGUGUGUACCCCUAUUCCUGUGUGUACUAUUCCUGUGUGUACCACUAUUCCUGUGUGUACCCCUAUUCCUAUGUGUACUAUUCAUGUGUGUACCCCUAUUCCUGUGUGUACUAUUCCUGUGUGUACCACUAUUCCUGUGUGUACCCCUAUUACUAUGUGUACUAUUCAUGUGUGUACCCCUAUUCCUGUGUGUACUAUUCCUGUGUGUACCACUAUUCCUGUGUGUACCCCUAUUCCUAUGUGUACUAUUCAUGUGUGUACCCCUAUUCCUGUGUGUACCCCAAUUCCUGUGUGUACUAUUCCUGUGUGUACCCCUAUUCCUGCGUGUACUAUUCCUGUGUGUACUAUUCCUGUGUGUACCUCUAUUCCUGUGUGUACCCCUAUUCCUGUGUGUACUCCUAUUCCUGUGUGUACCACUAUUCCUGUGUGUACCCCUAUUCCUGUGUGUACCCCUAUUCCUGUGUGUACCCCUAUUCCUGUGUGUACCCCUAUUCCUAUGUGUACUAUUCAUGUGUGUACCCCUAUUCCUGUGUGUACUAUUCCUGUGUGUACCACUAUUCCUGUGUGUACCCCUAUUCCUGUGUGUACCCCUAUUCCUGUGUGUACUAUUCCUGUGUGUACCACUAUUCCUGUGUGUACCACUAUUCCUGUGUGUACCACUAUUCCUGUGUGUACCACUAUUCCUGUGUGUACUAUUCCUGUGUGUACCAAUAUUCCUGUGUGUACCGAUAUUUCUGCCAUCAUUAAAAUAGGUUUAGACUUGUCAAGUCCACGCAAUUAAUAAAUUAACAUUCCUUACAAAAUGAUCUUAUGUUCACACGGACCAAGAGGUGUGACAACUGGUUAGGCAUGGCACGGGGUAUGACAAGUGGGUAGGCAGGACCAUUGCAAGGGGUAUGCACUCAGAGACCCAGACUGGGCAAUGGUGAAAAGUGAGUCAUCAACACUUACAAAACGAACCACUGCAAGGAAUGAACCACAAGGAACCACUGCAGGGAACGAGCACUUAAACCGGUUAAAACGAAUCAGUGAUCCUAGCUGCCUGCACUGCAUCCUAUCCCCAGACACACUGGAACAAAACGAUGACCCCCCAAGGUUAAAUUUGGGAGGAGGUGGGGAAAAAAGGAGGUGGGGGCGGUGAGUGAUAGGAAGUUCUAGGUUGCAUAGCCCAACAGAUAGAGUUUUUAUAGUCAAAGUAUUGCCGGGACAGAUAGAGUUUUUAUAGUCAAAGUAUUGCCGGGACAGAUAGAGUUUUUAUAGUCAAAGUAUUGCCGGGACAGAUAGAGUUUUUAUAGUCAAAGUAUUACCGGGACAGAUAGAGUUUUUAUAGUCAAAGUAUUACCGGGACAGAUAGAGUUUUUAUAGUCAAAGUAUUACCGGGACAGAUAGAGUUUUUAUAGUCAAAGUAUUACCAGGACUGAUAGAGUUUUUAUAGUCAAAGUAUUAUGGACAGAUAGAGUUUUUAUAGUCAAAGUAUUACCGGGACAGAUAGAGUUUUUAUGGUCAAAGUAUUACCGGGACAGAUAGAGUUUUUAUAGUCAAAGUAUUACCGGGACAGAUAGAGUUUUUAAUAGUCAAAGUAUUGCCGGGCUCAAAUGUUGGUGGUUAAAAGCUGCUUACCCAGGUAUAGGAUAGAUGUGGAACUAGCGGUGAUAGCUAUGGUAAGAACAUCUAAGUCCUAGUGGAAUUAGCAGUGAUAGCAGCUAUGGUAAGAACAUCUAAGACCUAGUGGAACUAGCAGUGAUAGCAGCUAUGGUAAGAACAUCUAAGACCUAGUGGAACUAGCAGUGAUAGCAGCUAUGGUAAGAACAUCUAAGACCUAGUGGAACUAGCAGUGAUAGCAGCUAUGGUAAGAACAUCUAAGACCUAGUGGAACUAGCAGUGAUAGCAGCUAUGGUAAGAACAUCUAAGACCUAGUGGAACUAGCAGUGAUAGCUAUGGUAAGAACAUCUAAGACCUAGUGGAACUAGCAGUGAUAGCUAUGGUAAGAACAUCUAAGACCUAGUGGAACUAGCAGUGAUAGCUAUGGUAAGAACAUCUAAGACCUAGUGGAACUAACAGUGAUAGCAGCUAUGGUAAGAACAUCUAAGACCUAGUCCUCCCUGAACUGCAUUUCAAGGCACAACCCUGGACACUCUUCCAUACGGCAUCAUUGGAACAAAACUCUUGACAUUGGUCCAUCAAAUUAUCUUUGAAGCAAAAACCUAGACACUACCAUAAAGGUGGCAUUUGGGUAAAACUCUGGAUAAUCUUCUGUCAAGACAUCAAUGGGUCGAAGAAAUAAACACUCCCCAUCAAGACAUCAAUGUGACAAACAAUUAAACACUCUCUCAUCAAGACAUCAAUAUUAAAAAGAAGUAAACACAACCCCAUCAAGACAUCAUUGUGACAAAAAAGUAAACACAACCCCAUCAAGACAUCAUUGUGACAAAGAAGUAAACACAACCCCAUCAAGACAUCAUUGUGACAGAGAAGUAAACACAACCCCAUCAAGACAUCAUUGUAACAAAGAAGUAAACACAACCCCAUCAAGACAUCAUUGUAACAAAGAAGUAAACACAACCCCAUCAAGACAUCAUUGUGACAGAGAAGUAAACACAACCCCAUCAAGACAUCAUUGUAACAAAGAAGUAAACACAACCCCAUCAAGACAUCAUUGUGACAAAGAAGUAAACACUCCCCAAUCAAGACAUCAAUGUUACAAAGAAGUAAACACAACCCCAUCAAGACAUCAUUGUGACAGAGAAGUAAACACAACCCCAUCAAGACAUCAUUGUGACAGAGAAGUAAACACAACCCCAUCAAGACAUCAUUGUGACAAAGAAGUAAACACUCUCCCAACAAGGCAUCAUUGGGGUAAAACUGAAUUCUCAGUUUGUGGUUGGGGGGGGGGGGGGGUGUGGAGAUUGGCCCUGAAAAUAUCAAAAGGAAUGAUGUCAAAUUUAAUAACAAAAACCCUUAUUGUACAGAUUAUGUUUAGUUUAUGAAUUAUUAUGUAAAAUCAAAGAAGUAAAAACUCUGCCAACAAGGCAUCAUUGGGGUAAAACUGAAUUCUCAGUUUGUGGUUGGGGGGGGGGGGGUGUGUGGAGAUUGGCCCUGAAAAUAUCAAAAGGAAUGAUGUCAAAUUUAAUAACAAAGACCCUUAUUGUACAGAUUAUGUUUAGUUUAUGAAUUAUAGUGUAAAAUAAUUAUAAACCCUUACAAAACAAUGCAACAACAACUGAAAAUCUGUGUAAAUUAAAUUAAUUGUUAAAUGUUAAUAUCAGGUGCCUUGUGAUAUUAAUUUUAGCAAUUUUAUUUAACUAUUUGUAUAUUAUAGAUUUCACUUAGCCAUUUAAAAAAAAAAAAAAUUUUUUAAUCCAUUCGCAAUUGAACUAAUUGUCUAAUUGAACCACUAGGGCAUCUCUAGACAUCAUUAAUCCUUAACAUAGCACUAUUUUUUGUAGUGUUGUGUUCUAAUCUUUUUCAAUUAAUUCAAUUAUUUCAUUUAUUUCAAUAACAUUACUUUUUGUUAUUGAAUUAUUAACUUAAAUAAAUAAAUGCCUUUUAGAAUAAAUUUUAGGGGGAGGAGGGUGUAAAAGGGAGCACUAUAUUAUUGGCUGCUUGUCACAUCCUCUUUGAUAAGCCACUUUGAAUAUUUUAACUGAUUAAUUAAACAUAUUUACUGAACCAAGCUGACUGACUUCUCUGUCAGUGUUCCAUCUUUUGCAUUGACAAGUCACGUCUGUAAGCAAUCAUUAUUCUUAUUUGUCUAACGUCUGCUGACCCAGCUUGUAGGAAUGUGAAUGGUGAUAUUUAGCCCCAAACGAUUGACAUGUCAUAGAUGGGAAGCCAUGAAAGUAUAUAGGCAAAGCUGGGCAGUCGUCAGGGGACAUAUAUAUUGUGAUAUAUAUAUGUAUAUAUAUAUAUAUUAGAUAGAAUUACAGACUUAUUAAAUUAUACAUUUUCUGCUUGAACAUCGUUUUAAAAUUUAAAUAUGUUUGUUUCUUUUCUGUUUGUGCUAUUUGUUGAAAAAACUAGCCUAUAUAACUAAAUUUUAGUUUUAGAAAAAUGUCAUCAAAGCUCCGCAGGGAUCAUCAAAUAAAAAAAUUGUCGAAUUACAAAAUCGCUGAUCAGCAAAAUACUAAGUGGUCACCUGGUUGUAACACACAAAAAAUAGAAUUUUAUAAAAAUUUCCGCACAUUCUUUCUAUAGGCUACUGUAAUAGGAUCACAUCCAGAGUCAAGUUACCAAAAGGAUGACUACUACAUGUUAAUUAUAUAUAUGCCUCAGUCUUAUAUAUGUUUUUCUUUUUAAAAUCGUAUAAUUUUUUUCACUCUAGAUUUACAGCCGGUGUACCCUAAUGGUGGCAAACAUAGCAGGACCAACAAACAUACUCAAGCUUGACUCCCGAGAGGUCAAGUGCAUGAUGUACUGGGUUCCACCCCUGCAUAAAGUUCCACUCACUGUGUCUUUCAUCACCUAUGCUGACCAGAUCAGAAUGGCUGUCAUAUCGGACCGGUCGGUAAUACCCAACCCUGAUCUGCUGACCAGAGAUUUCAACUUUAAGGUAACAAGUUUCUUAGUUGUGUGCACAGAAAGUGUUUCUGUUCCCCAACCAACCUGCAAAAUUUUUAUUCUACAACAAAAAGUUUGAAAUAAAUAACACAAGAAUAUAUGUUGUUCUUAUAUGUAAAUCAAAUAUCAAACCCAUCCAGAUUCAAAUAAAUAAAUACUUUUUUAAAGCAAAAUGAUCCAUAAAAGUCAUGGUAUCUGAAAUUGCAUGUGCAUCGACCAUUUAUUACAUGUUGCCACAGUUUAUUUAUCAUAAUGAUAUUUUUAAAUGGUUUAUAAAUUAUAGAAAACUAAGCAGACAUUUAAUGACAGCUGGAAGUUUUUUCAUGAAUAUUUGUUUCCUACUUAACCUAAUAACUGAAAUAAUUAAAAAUUUGCUUGUUUAUUAUGUUAACUAUUGGCACAUAGCUAAUAAGGAAAUUUAUUUUUGAUAAAAAUAAUAUCUUGAUUUUAAAAAUCUUUUUUUUUCAUUUUCAUGUUUAAAAAAAAGUUGGAGAAUCUUUCAAAGCUUCUUGCCCACCGAAGAAUACCAGGUGAAAACUCAGCAGCCAACAGACAUGAAAAUAUUCAUCUGCUUUCUAGCUUUACACUAGACGACCUAACAGCUGAACAGGUAUGAUGGUGUUACAAUCUAAAUUCUGCUCAAUCAAUCCAGUUGUGAUGACUGAUAUGGAAAAAAAGAUUUUAAAAAGACACAAUCUGCUUUUUUUUUCAAUUUAUGAUUUUUCAGAUAAGCUUAAAAAUCCCUAUAGUGUUUAUCAUUAGAUUUGUUGCAUCUGUUUCUGUGAACUACCUCUCGUCGGGAGCUGCAGAUUUUAGAUUAGGGACUAAAGAAUUUGGUUUAAUGUCUUUCUUUUAGUGCUAUAUUCAGUUAUAAUCAACUAUCAAGAAAUUAAGACACAUUUCCUUGGAAACAUCUCUGGGAGAGGAGCUUCAAAGUUAGAGUUUUAUUUUAUUAUUUAAUUUAAUAAUAGAUAAUACAAAUUGAUCACAGACUUUUCAGUGUCAUGUAAAAUAAAUUAUUCAAUAUUUCUUUAGAUCCAACUUGAGAUGUCUUUAGUCCAACAAGAGUUACAUGAGAUGAAACUACAGCUAGAGUCGGGCCCCAGUAAUCACAUCAGUCGUAAUGACACUGAGCUCAUGAGCAGAAUUGAGGCACUCAAGGAGAGAUCUAGAGAGUUGAUGAUGUACUUAAGGAAAAGAAAGGCGGAUGAAAGUGAGGGAGGGGUUAUUUUCUCAGAGGAGGUAAGGUCCAAAUAAGUUUCAGCAUGGUAAUCAACGUGUUAAAUAGUUUAUAAAUAAUAAUUUUAAUAACAGAAUUUAAUUUUUUUUAUUGCAUUUUCUGUGCUUUCGAACAAUAUAAAAUUGUAUUCUGUGUUUAUGAAAGCAAUCUAAAAAAAAGUUUAAAUGUGUAAAAAGUUUUGAUUUUUUUUAUAAAUGAAAAAUUAAAAACUUCUAUAGUACUAUUACCCAUGUCUAAUAAGGGCUAAUUAUUUGGUUACUCCUGACAAUUUUUAAUAUUUUCCUUAAUUGCUUCAUUAAUCUCUUCAUUAAUCCCUCCAUUAAUUACUUCGUAGGAUGACUUAGAGUCCGAAGCAGGAGGACAGGAGAGACACCAAAAACCAUUCCGACGUCGUACGUUGUCAAUGUCUAGUAAAAUGUCCACUGCGUCAGUCUCGUCAACUCACAGGCCCUUAUCCACUGCUUCUACUUCCAACCUUCCAUCCCCGGUGCACACAACUUUACCCUCAUGGCCU